AAAGGGAACUCUCGCUCCCAACCGCCUGAGCUCAAGCUUGACCGACAACUCGAGCAGGCGCACUGACAACAGAUGCGGGGGGCAUGUCACAUUCAAACGUGUGUGUAUGUGCGUGUGUGGGAAGUUGUCGGGGGAGGCAUAGGCAUGCGCGUGAACGUUCACGCACAACCGACACUGUUAACGGAAAAUGCGCGAGCUUGCAGCCACUGCACGAGGGAGAUUGUUUCAUGCGGAUAGCGGCGGUUGGUGGUGUGGGGGGGUUACAUGAUUGACAGCUCAUCGACCAAUGGACUGCUUCCUUUUCGAACCGAGUUCUAUCGACCAUUCCGGGAUAACUCGGUCUUCCUUUCUUCCAGAGGGUAUGGCGGGGGGGAGGAGAGGAAAAUGUUGGGGAUUUCAGCUUCCGGUUGUGCUGUUGCCUUUCUAAAAAAAACCUUUCCUCCUCCUCCUCGUGUUUGCAUUGAUGGUCUUAAAGGGCAUUGUGGGUAUAGAAGUGAGCCAAAGCCGGAACGAGCGGAGGUUAAAGGUGACUCGCUCAACCCAUCUUCCCCACGUGAAUCAGACUAAGUAGUUGCAGAUCCCAACGUUUAAAUCGCACAGCGCAAGAAGGGUGGGGGUGUUAUCUGGACAGUUACAAGUAGUUUAAUUUACUUUUUGUUUUUUUUUCCUAUACAUACCUGUAUGGAUCUGCUACAGCUUUUGAACUUUAAAUAUUCCCGGGAAUACAGCACAAAGAUUUUUUUUAAAACUUACUCAUUUUGAAGUAAUCACCCUAUUCACGGAUGCCAUGAGGAAUGUCGAAUUCCGCAGUCGAUGUUUUUUUCCAGCGAAUGCGGGACAUAAUUCAGGUAGCGAGAUGGGAGACUUGGAAUCGGGUUAUGAAGAAGUGGAUGGUGUGAGACUUGGCUACCUUAUAAUUAAGGGAAAACAAAUGUUUGCGCUUUCCCAAGUAUUCACAAAUCUGCUGAAAAACAUACCCAGGACAACAGUACACAAAAGGAUGGAUCAUCUAAACGUGAAGAAACAUCACUGCGAUUUGGAAGAAUUAAGAAAACUCAAAGCAAUAAAUUCUAUUGCUUUUCAUGCAGCUAAAUGCACUCUCAUUUCACGGGAAGAUGUUGAAGCCCUGUACACUUCGUGCAAAACUGAACGGGUCCUUAAGACGAAGAGGAGAAAAAUAAACAGAACAUUGUUAUCAACCGAACUGAACGAGGAGAAAACCCCCACUGAUCGCUGCGCGAGUUUUUUGAAAGAGAACAAAGUUUGGUUGACUUUGAAGGGAAAACCCCAGACUCUGGCUGGAAUGAACAGGGCUUUGCAAGGAGACGACAGCUCGCUACCGGCUUCCAAUCUACCUCAAUUCUACAGUAAAUUUACCAGCCACAGUUACACUCAAAUGAUCCGAUCACAUUGCAAAAUCCCCCAAAACUACGAAACUGCGGAAAUAUCAAGCAACUGUGUCGCAUUUCACGCCAACCAUUCCUUAUUUCGAAGCAUGAUUUGCAGGCAUCCAGUGUUUUACCAGUCCGCCAUCGCCUAUUACCCUAAGUCUCCAAACGCUACCGGCUUGACGUAUUACUUUAGGCGCAAAAGUUCGUGUGAAAUAACUCAAAAACAUUUGGGGAGUUCAAGCACCGCCAAGCGAGUCUUGCUGGCGGCAGCCGCUCCUAAAUCUUGCAAAGCGAAAGGAGGCACUGAGUGCCUUAAUACAUUUCACGUUGCCAGCGGACUGCAGUCCAACCAAGGGCCCUCGCAAGAAAGCUGCAGCAGCGAUUCCGAGUCGAGCUCUUUCUCGGGUCGCGCAGGCAACGACUCGGACUUUGGGUCAAGUUUGUCGAGUUCGAGCAACUCGGCUUCUUCCGACGAAGAGGACGACUCGGUGUCCGAAUCCUCCGACGUGACCUCGGCAAGUGACGAAGAUACUUCGUCCGAAUCUGAUUCCAGCUCCGUUUCCAGCCAAGUUUCUGUUCAAAGUAUACGAUUUAGGCGCACCAGUUUCUCAAGCAUUUGCAGCAAACCCCUCGUCUUAACGCAGCCGAGUUUCCACUACCAGCUCCAAGCAAAAAACAAUAAUGUCGUGUAUGAAACAGCCAGUAGCGAUCUGCUGGAAGGAAGAACUUCCCAUUGUAAUUUAAAGUCCGCGACUAUUGUUAAGAGAAACGAGCAGAACUGGACUAUUAAGACGCAUAACGUAUGCUGCUCAACUGGCUAUGGAAGUUGCUUUGCCGAGAUAAACAAUGAUAGGAUAUCUGAGUUUGCAUUCCCGCAUUCCGAAAUUUCUCAUUAUCUAAAGAGGACUGAAUCGACAAUUAACUGUGCAAAAGAAGGGGGCCCUGCACCUAACUCAAAGGGAAACACCGAGUUUCCAAAACAAAGAACAUUAACAGAAUCAAAUAAAUGCCUUGCAGCAUCUACAGCACACAGUGCAGAAGAAAACAAUGUAACAAUAAUUUCAGAGCCUGCAGACAAUAAUUCUUCAUUAGCAACAAAUGCAGAGAAAGAAUCGAAAACCAGCAAUUUCAUCGCACUGUCCUCAGCCUUCCAGAGUGUAAACACGGACAGAAGUCAGGGCCCCGCCGUCCGCAUCCACAGCGAUAACGCACACAUGGGGAAAGCAGUUAUGCACAAUAUUACAGUAAAAUUAGAAGAAAAUAGCUGUGAGGAAGAGUAUGGAUAUGUGCCUCAACAGCCUAGAAAGAAACUCAAGUAUGCGUGCAAUGUAUCGAAGCGAACAGUGGCCACUUUAAGAGAAAAUAAAAUACGAGACUGUUUCUCGACAAAAGCAAAGGAAAGCCAUGUGUACACUGAAACGGCCACCACUUCACAAAACGCUUCCAGACCAAGUGAAGACCUUCAACGCACUUUAAACAUUCCAGUAUUAGAGGACUGCGAAUUUCGAAAUGGUGCAAGAAUAAGAAGGAAUUACAGGACUUUAGUGUUGGGAAAACAGCACACUUUGCAAAACUCGCCAGUCAAAACAAUUGUGAAAUCAGAAAAUCCGCGUCUUACAGGUAAAACAGAUGUGCAUGAAGGAACGCUAGAAGAAUUUGCUGGUUCAAAUAAACGUAAACGCAUAGCCAAUGGUGUAGCAUCCACGGUGAAAAGGCCAUUUAAUUUCAUGGCAAAUUUUCCCUCUCCACCGUCACUAAUUAUUGGCAACGAUGGGGAUUUGUGCCCUGCGUAUUCACUGAACUCUACCAAGGAUCCCGAAGCACCUCAGAAGGCCCAUCCCGUGUGGAAGUGGCAGAUGGGUGGUGCUGUAAUACCUCUCCCGCCUAGCCAUAAAUUCAGACGAUUUAACUUAUAAGAGAUAUUUUGGAUAAGGAGGCUUCUGCUUGUGCAAAUUUAUAUUAAAAAGUACUUUCCUGUUUUCCUUGUCAUGAGCCAUGACCGGAUAUUAAGUCUCGACAUAUAGCAAAUUUUUAUAUUGGAAUAUUGUUUUAAAGACAUAAACCCCUUCGUGUGGAUUAUUCUUUUGAUUGACCAAACACUGCUAUCUACUGACCGAGGCAUUCCACACUACACUUUCUGAAAUACUAAUGUCACUUUGAGGUUGUUUAAUGGUUGUUUUCGAGCAAUCUAAUUAACAUUGUUUCAAUGUUCGAAUUAUAAGUCGGUACCUCCACAAGGUUACUGUACGUCAGAAGUCGACAUAGUGAAAUGUUAGAAAUGAGCCAUUAAAUUUAUGCACUACAGUUUUAAAUCACAAGUGACUCGAUGUUUUGCCUGAGUGAUUGAUUAUUGCUAUAUUGGAUUCGUGGCAAAUUAUGAAUGUGUGUUUAACUUAAGAAAGAAAAAAAUGUACUUUCAUCUGACUCAAUAUGGCCGUCAUUCUAUAUAAAAUAUGCUUUUAUCUUGAAAGAGUCCAUAUCAUUGAUAUUUAGAUAGAUAAGCACAAGCAGGUUACUGAUUUCAGUGAUUUGUUGUCAAUUGUUCUUAAACGUAAAAUAAUUGCUUUAAAUGUUCAUCGUUGAAACUCUGAGAAUACCUACAAAAUUAGCCCUCGCUAUAGUGCUUGUAUAUCGUAAGUGUUUUCAUCUCACUAACUUUGUACAGACUGCACAAAAGUAACGAAGACAAAGCAAACAUAAAAAACUGAUUAGAUGAUGAAUACAACAGAAUCAAUCAACAGUCGAGGAUUUUAAAUUUUGAUGACCAUUAAAUUUUAGCAUUUAAUUUGAAAACAAUGAAGAUAUAAUGCAGGCACAUGGCUCACCAUGUAACUUACAGUAUG